UCAUCAACACAAACUGAAUCUAUAUUGUGAUCAAACAAGUAAGAAAUCAAACGAUGGAAGGCAAAACUGUGAUUCUAAGUGUUCUCAUAAUGAGUUUGGUCAUCGCACAAAUUCAAGUGGAAGCAAAGAGUUGCUGCCCAACUACAACUGCUAGAAAUAUCUACAACUCUUGCCGUUUUUUGGGAACCUCCCAAUCAACUUGUGCAAACAUCAGUGGAUGCAAAAUCGUUGGUGGGAGUACAUGUCCGAACGGAUAUACUCGUGACACUCUCCAAAACUCAGGUGAUGCGGUUUCUGUCAAUGAAUACUGCAAGUUGGGGUGUGCAUCUUCAGUGUGCGGUGCCAUGAACACACUCCAAAGCUCUGUAAAUGAUGCGAGUGAAAUUGUGAAUGGAGCGGUAGCACAAUGCGCAAAGGCAUGUUCUAAUUUCUGCACCAAGGGAUCGACAACUGAAGUUGAGACCGCCUAAACAAGCGUAUCCAUGAAGUUACGACUUCCAAGUUUCAGAGUGUUGUUUUUCCUUCAUUUCAAUAAUUGCCGUGUGUGUGACAAAAAUAAAAGUACUAGACUUUGAUGCUAGUAUAUGAAUAAGUUGUUUUAUGUUUGUGCCUGUGUCGUAGAAGGUUGUCAAUCCUAGAUUGUACAUGACUUCUAUUAAAUAAAAAAGUUUGGUCACUUUAAUAUUUA